GCCCCCAGCAGAGGAGGCUGGGGCCAGGGGCGUGUCCUGGGCGGGGCCUCGCGCCGCCCCUCCAGGUCGCGGAGCGUUUGCCUGCGCAGGGAGGGUCCGGCGCCGGGAUGCCACACACAACCCAGCUGUACCAGCAUGUGCCGGAGACACGCUGGCCCAUCGUGUACUCGCCGCGCUACAACAUAACCUUCAUGGGCCUGGAGAAGCUGCACCCCUUUGAUGCAGGAAAAUGGGGCAAAGUGAUCAGCUUCCUAAAAGACGAGAAGCUUCUGUCAGACGGCAUGUUGGUGGAGGCACGCGAGGCCUCAGAUGAAGACCUGUUGGUGGUGCAUACUCGACGUUAUCUCAAUGAGCUGAAGUGGUCUUUUGCUGUCGCAACCAUCACCGAAAUCCCCCCUGUCAUCUUUCUCCCCAACUUCCUUGUGCAAAGGAAGGUGCUGAAGCCCCUUCGGACCCAGACAGGAGGAACCAUAAUGGCAGGGAAGCUGGCCGUGGAUCGAGGCUGGGCUAUCAAUGUGGGCGGCGGCUUCCAUCACUGCUCCAGCGACCGGGGCGGGGGCUUCUGCGCCUACGCAGACAUCACGCUCGCCAUCAAGUUUCUGUUUGAGCGAGUGGAGGGCAUCUCCAGAGCCAUCAUCGUUGAUCUCGAUGCCCAUCAGGGCAAUGGGCAUGAACGGGACUUCAUGGGUGACAAGCGUGUGUACAUCAUGGACGUCUACAACCGUCACAUCUACCCUGGGGACCGCUUUGCCAAGCAGGCCAUCAGGCAGAAGGUGGAGCUGGAGUGGGGCACGGAAGAUGAAGAGUACCUGGAUAAGGUGCGGAGGAACCUUGAGAAAGCGCUCCAGGAGCAUCCGGCUGACGUGGUGGUGUACAAUGCGGGCACCGACAUCCUUGAGGGUGACCGCCUUGGGGGGCUGUCCAUCAGCCCCCAGGGCAUCGUGAAGCGGGACGAACUGGUGUUUCGGGUGGUCCGCGGCCACCAGGUGCCGAUCCUCAUGGUGACCUCCGGUGGAUGCAUUCUGAGCCUGUAGGCAAUUACCUGAGUGCCUUCUCCUUUGCUGUGGUGAUGAUGGGAGCACGUUUUGAGCCAUAGCAUCUGUUAGUCUGGGUCCCCAGAAGCCCAAGGUGAGUAGAGUCCCCAGUCAAACUGGGUUGGACAUUCACUGUGAACAAGAAAUAAAACUUUGUUGUUUAAGCUAUUGAAGUUUUGAGUGGCUUGUCAUAUAGCAUAACCUUGGCCAUCCUGACUGAUAUACACCCUGUUUCCUUGAUGACAAGGAUGCUUUAGUGAUGCAGUGUGACUCAAGCUGGACCAGAGUCCAUACUUAGACUUUGUUAUUUGGGGCAGGAGGGAAGGGACUUUGUCUUGCAAAUUAUAUGGAGCAGCCAUAUUUCUUUCACAAAGAUAAAGCCGUCUAAGGUAUGAAAGAGUGAAAUGGAAGAAGAAAAAGAAAACCACGAUGGAGAAAGGGGGAAUCCUUGUGACAUCAGGACAGGGCUGCCAUGAACAGCUGUACAAGUUGUGCACUGUACAAUUCUAAAGAGUGCUGUUCACACAGUGACUAAUGAAAAGAUUUGUGUAUUUAUCAGGACAGUUUCCCAGCAGAUGGCAGUAAAGUGUCUUGAGGAAGUGGAACUUUUCUCUACUUGGUACAAAAUUGCUGAUUAGGCUCUUAACCAUGCUGUGUCAAGUCCCUGAUUUCAGUCAAGUCCCCAGAGCUUUCUGAGCUCAAGCAGUACUUGGUAGAAUUAAUUUUCUUUUGAUAAAUUCCCUUUGUUGCUAAGCUCUGCUUACAGCAGCAUCAUUGACAAUCCAGUCACUGACAAGAUGCAUCAACUUUGUUUUCCACUUACCCGAGCAAAACUUAAGGGCUUUUAGAAAUUAGUCUGACAACAAGAGAGGCAACUGAACAACCGUGAAAAGUAGAUACAAGGAAAACAAAUAUCAGUUUGAGACCCUAUGUAUAAGUAUAUAAGUUGGCAUAAGUAACCUUUCUUAUCUCAAUGAGCCCCCAGAUUCUUACUCGACUAUGCUGUGGCCUGAAAAUGGUUUGCAAUGGUAGUUUUUCCUUAGAAACACAGAGAAGAUAUUGUGUAGACUUCAUUUCCUCAUAAAUGGUUACAUUAUAACUGUGGUGUUGCUUGAAAGGAGAGACCUAGAUUAUCAAGAGAGUUCACAUAGUGUGGCUUAAGCUAGAUCAGUAACAUAUCAUUGCAAAAGAAAGGAUGGUGUGGGCGAGGUCCAGCGCCACAGCUGUCCCCGGUGCCGGAGGAGGCUGCCCUUCUGGUAGGGCCCUGUCCCCACUUUGCCCUGUUCCAGAUAACUCCCUCCCAGAACCUUAAUUGCCAGGCAUUUCUAGGAAGAGGUUUGGGGGAGGCUGUGGGGGCUGGUGUCAGACAAUCUGGGUGAGGUCCUGGCGCUGCCUUUUCCCUCUAGAUGAUGCUGGACAAGUGUGCCCCCAUUCAGAGCUUCAGUUGCCACUUCUAGAAAAUGGGAGUGCCUACACCCAUCUGAUGGUUCAUUGGGAGGGUUGGGUAGAUAUGGGAAUGAUCCAGCACACAGUAGGUGCUCAAAGCACAGUGACUGGCACUAGGAGGUGGGUAGCCAGGUUCAGAGCAUGGUCACGAGGGCCCAGGCCCCCUGAAUGUGAAUCACUGGGUGCAUGUGGUUAGUCACUUUGCCACUUGGACCCUCAGUUUCCUCAUCUGUCAAGUGGAGAUUCCCAUGGUACUUUCCUGUUAUUGCUCAUUUCAUUGUCUGCUCUCCCUGCCAGACAGUAAGGGGGCAGUGACUGGCACUUAGUAGGUGCCCCAUAAAUACCCUGCCAUUGUUCUAGAUGGGAGGGGAUUGCCUGGUGCCUGCUGGGGCUGUCCCCACCCUCCAAGCUGUGGGUGAACAGGCUGGGAGCAGUCUUUGCCAAGCCAGGCUAGAGAAGCAUUUCCUCCAUCCCAUGUC